UCGGAGCGCUUCCUGGUCCACGUAUUGAGAAGAUCCCUAACAUCCUCUUUGACAGAUAAUGACAUUAGUCUGUGUUUAUCUUAAAGAUAUUUUUCUUACAUGUUCACCCGUCAAAGCCCGGCGGUAGCCAGCUGACCUGGGACGUUUUCAGACGUUGACGUCGUUUUAACCGGUUACAAAAUGUCUUGGUUUGCUGACCUGGCUGGCAAAGCUGAAGACUUCCUGAACAAAGUGGACCAGGGAGCUGCCUCUGCCCUGACCAAAAACCAGACAAGAAGCUCCUCCUUUUCUUCUUCCUACGGAGGAGAGCCAGCUGUUAACCCUGAGUACAACACAGCAGCGUAUAAGACCGACACAGCCGUGACUCAUCACACCUAUGCAUCCUCUCAUGAUGCUCCCAGCUACAUCUCUUCAGCAGCUGGAAACAUCAAGAGAACCAGCGCCACCAUGCUGGCUGGCACCGCCAACGUGUCCAGCACCCCGCCUGGUUCCGGCAGCACAAACUCUGCCAAGGUCUCGUCUGGCUUUGUGAGGCCUAAAAAGAGCGAGCAGGACAUGGACGAUGACAUGCUGUUUGACUUUCUGAACAGCUCGGACCCUCCAGUUAGCAGCAGGCGGGAUUCAAGAAGAGAACUUUUGAAAGCAACAGUUCCCGUCACUGAGGCCCAAAGUCUAACACCCCCAACAUCCACCACUCCUCACCCGGUCCCCUCUGCUCCGUCCACGCCCCCCUCCACCAGGGGUGUGUCCAGGGCCUCCAGCAUGAGCUCACUGUCUGCUCACAGCAUCAAAACAUCAGAGGAGAGCUUAGCUAAAGAACCAAGCAAUGAGACACCUGAGAGUUCAGACUCCAGCUUAGCAGCCCCUCAGGAGGGCAGUCGACCCCAGGAACCCCCUCCACCACCUCCUCCAGAGGAGCCACAGAGUCAGAUCCUGUCUAGUCUGCGUCUGGAGAACCAGCUGCUGAGGAGUGAGGUGGCUUCACUCAACCAGGAGAUGGCUUCAGUCAUCCAGAGAGCAAAAGACCUACAAGACGAACUCAAUCAGACCCGCUUACGUGCAGAUCGGUGGAACUCGGAGCAGUCUCAGACUGACCGGAUGUUACGGGAACUUCGGUCGCAGGUUGAUGACCUCACGGAAGCCCUCUCUGCCAAAGAUGGUCAACUUGCAGUCUUGAAAAUUCGACUCGAUGAAGCUGAUCAGGUGCUGAAGUCUCGCAGCGCUGCAUUAGACGAGGCACAGAAGGAAAGGUCAAGAAUCAUUCAGGACCACUCAGAAGGGAGCAGCAUGCACACCCAGGCUCUUGAAACGAUCCAGGAGAGGCUACGAGAAGCGGAGCUCGCUCUCAGGAGAGAACAGGACAGCUACCGGCAGAUGCAGAGUGAGUACGCUGGCCGUCUGUCCAAAGUAGAGGCAGAGAGGCAGAUCCUUGCUGAGACGGUGACAGCAGCAGAGCGCCGAGUGACGGAGGAGAAGCUCCGCGCCGACGACCUCCAACAGCAACUGAAGAGUUCCAAAGCGGCAGCAGAGAGCGCCAAACAGGAGCUACAAGACUACAAGCACAAAGCCUCACGAAUCCUACAAUCCAAAGAAAAGUUGAUCAGCAGUCUGAAAGAGGGAUCUGGUUUGGAAACUCUGGAUGGGAGCGGGGCGAUGACUCUGGAGCUGGAGGAUCUACGUCACGAUAAGGAGCUACAGAGAGAGGAGAUCCAAAAACUACAGGGACAACUGCACACGCUACGGACAGAAAUACAGGAUUUGGAGAAUCAGGCUCUGACAGAGGCAGAGACGUGGCGGGAGCAGCAGGUGCAGUUAGAGGAGCAACAAGCUGCACAGAACAGAGCCAAGCAGGAGGUGGAAGCUGAAGUGGAGCGCUACAAACAGGAGGUUCAGUACCUGGAGGAGGAGCAUCAUCGAGCCAAAACCACCCUGCAGAGCAGGAUCAAGGACCGAGAAGAUGAAAUCCAGAAACUCAGGAACCAGCUGACCAACAAGACUCUGAGCAACAGCCAAACUGAGCUGGAGAACCGUCUCCACCAGCUGACGGAGACCCUGAUCCAGAAGCAGACUAUGCUGGAGGCUCUGGGCACAGAGAAGAGCUCUUUGGUCUUCCAGCUGGAGCGUCUGGAGCAGCAGCUGAAGAAUGCUCAGAGCGGACAGAGCGGAGGACCGACCAUCAACAUGAGCGGUCUGGAGGGACCAGGGGCUCGACAGAGAAACACACCGGUCCUUUUCAGUGAUCAGGACAGUCCAGGAGUGUAUGGACAAGUACGCAAGGCAGCCAGCACCAUCGACCGCUUCAGCAUCAGACUUGGCAUCUUCUUGAGACGUUACCCUGCAGCCAGAGUCUUUGUUAUACUGUACAUGGCCAUUCUGCACCUCUGGGUCAUGAUAGUCCUCCUGACGUACUCUCCAGAAAUGCACACUGGUCAUCCUGAUGGAAGAUAGAAUUUUUUAUUUUUAUGGUUGUGUGUUAAAAGAUUUUUCUUCCUACAGCCCUCGAUGUGAGGACGGUACAAGCUGCUAGGAUGUGGGCUCUGGGUCCUGACUCUCCCUGUUUUGCACAGAUAUGCUAAGAUUUAAAGUAAUAUCCUCUAAAUUAAUUCUUUAUUAUUUCCAGCUGAGGAUUGAUAUAUAACAGCUGUCAAAUGGACAGUUUUGAAGUAAUUACAGAGAGAUGUUUGAUGAACUGGUGGUCUGCUGAAAGGAUGUUAAUUCAAAGGUGAUCUCACAUCUGGUCUUCUCAUCAUCUGCUGUCCCUGACCCCUGACCUCUGGAGAGAUUGUAUUUAACACUAUGUAAAAAAAGAAUCUUUUAAUAAAUGAGU